GUUAUUUUGUGCUUUGUAAGCAAUUUUCCCAACUCAAGUCUUAAACGAAAGCGAUAUAGCUACUGUGUCCACUUUGUCGAAAGUCAAGAGGCGGCCGGUUUCAUCAAACAUUUGGUUAUUGGAUACAGUUAUGUUGUAAAGACUAGAAUUGAAACAAGCCAUCUGGUUAUAGGAUGUCCAUGUUCGUUCAAAUAGCGUUUAUCCUUUGCCUUUGGUGUGGGGGAUUGGUCACGAAUGCCCAGGACAAUGCCACUACUGGUGAUUCAACAUCAGUUAUGACAACACCUGGCCCAACACUAUCGACCCAAGGCACAGAAGCAACAGACGAUGAUGUCUUCGGGUUGGGCUUAAUUGUUGGUUGUGUUAUCGCCGCCGUAAUUUUUGUCAUUGUUUGGGUGUACGUUGUCCGGUUGAGACAGAGACGGAUGGAGAAUAGAGGGAUCUAUGGAGCGUCUCCUACACCUGAUUUAUGUCCAUCUCCAGUUGGAGUUUUCUGGGCACUUCUGGAAGGAGUCUUGAGAAGAGUAACCACACGCAGAGUACCUCCUUCUAUGAGAAGAGACUCAGGAAUAUCGACCCGACGCACAGGAUCUCCGAGAAGAGACUCAGGAACAUCGUCCUCACGCACAGGUGGCUUGCAUCAUAAAGGUGUUAUAACCAUCGAGGGAGGUGUGGUAAAGUUAGACGACUUCAUACUCACUAUCAGAGCUGGAUGUCUUGCUGAGGAUACAGAAAUCACGCUGAAAAAUGGCGAACAACAUUUUGAUUUCACGUCACUGAAAGACUUAGUCCGUGAUACGCCACGCGUUGUCGAGUUUCUUCCAAAUGGCUUGAAAUUCCUGAAACCAGCAGUACUGACAAUCCGACCUAUGCGGGUAGAAGUCUUGGAUCUUGAACUGUUUGUUCUACAUGGUUAUCACAGCGACAUUUAUGAUAAAGUCGUUUGGGAGCUGGUGAGCAGCGGCAUUUCGGGAAUUAACAAGGAAGAAAGAGGAAUCAUCAAUGUGGAAAUUUACGGAUUUUGUUUUUUCAGUUAUAUUUUAGCGAAGCGCGGGAGAUUAGCUCGAAUCUUAAGUCAUAUAAAUCACUCGUUUACCUGCUGUGCUUAUGUCCUGCAUCGCAGACGACCAGCGGACACAAUGGAUAUUGUGGUUGUCAUUGUAAGUGAAUUUGUUGAUGAUGGUAAGGAAGGAGACAUCAAACAGUUAAAGGAUCAUAUUGGAGAAGGCUACGAGAGAGGAGAGAAAGGAAGGUUGACGCGCGUUCACACAAACCGUCGUCUUGUAAUGAGUUUAGUCAUUCCUGGUGUUGAAACCAACCCAUAUCGCUUCAAAAUUGACCGCUGUCUACUGGAUUCCGUUGGUUUUUCCGUCAAUCAUUUCAGAGGAAUUGCAAGUGAAGAACGAGAAAAUAAAACGGUAAAGAUUAGCGAGGCGCGUGAAGGCGGUGAAUGUCUUUGGGAGCUGGAUGUUCAUGGGGCUGUACAGAUCGCGCAUAAAGACGUUUAUGGACAGCCCGAGCCGUCAGGAUCUCAACCACAAGCCGUUCAAAGGACCACAAAACUCACAGAUAAUGAAGUAGAUAAAAUGUGCCGCGAAGUUGGGUUGGACUGGGACGGACUUGGUGGGCUCAUGGAUAUCCCGUACGAGAAACGUGAGGAAAUCAGACUGAACGUCAAUUAUCCAACAUUUUCUUCCAAAGCAGGCCAAAUAUUAACACAUUACAACAAAAGCGAAGUUUUUUGUCGUCAUGCUGUUAGAAAAUGUCUGGAAGAGUUGGGGCGACACGAUGUGAAAGACAAAAUGCUUCCCUUGGAUGACGAGACAGAAGGUGGAAGUGCGGAAGCAAAAAAUUCCCAACCCGAAGACCCUGAAGCCGACGAGUUACAAAACACUCCUCUCUCCCCUCGUGAAAUGUUCAGACUUAGCCAGCGCAUCGCUGUCCACUGGGACAGGCUUGCGGGUGUUAUGGGUACAAACAGUGCUGAACGAGAUGAGAUUAGAUGCAACCAUAUUUUAUAUCAAGAUAACCGCGCUAGGGCUGAGAAGAUUUUGUCGAUUUUCAGCCGCGGUGAAAACUUCUCUCGUGAGAGGUUGGCUGACGCCUUGAAGGAGAUUGGUCAAGACGAGUGGGUGGAACCAAUUUUAACAGGGAAGUGGAGAAUUUUGUGAGAAACGGAUCAACAUUUUUGAGGUGCUUGUAUGCACAAUCAGCUGUAUAAAUUUCCUAUAAUACCGUUUGGGUUCGACAGUUUUUUUUUACAGUAACAUCAGAUACCGUAUCAGCUAGGUCAUCAGAUAUGUCAUAGAUAGGAUAUAGAUAAUAAUCAUAGCUUAGUUGUUAUCCUGAUAACUGAAAAGGUCCAUGAAGAUUCAAUUUUGUCCGAUCCAAUUCGCAUCUGAUAUUGAUGAAGCAGUGUGACUUUAGUUGGUUCAGCUGCCAAUUGAUAUUAAAACGCUGAGUCAACGGACUAUAAAACAUCCAUUAGUAGUAAAUUGGAAUCGUGAUCUGGGGCCGGUUGUUCGAAAGGCGUUUAGCUUAAACGGUGGAUAAGUCAAAAAUAGAAAAUCAAAUGAUCUAUUUAUUCAACAACUGAACUGAAAUAUUUCAAUGUAAAUAGUUUAAUUG